AUGCACGACAUGGACAUGGGCUCGAGCAGCUCGAGCGAGUGCAAAAUCUCCAUGCUCUUUAACUGGUACACCAUCGACGCGUGCUUCCUCUCGGAGGGAUGGCACAUUCAGAACAAUGGCAUGUUCGCGGCGACGUGCAUCGGGACGAUUCUGCUGGUGGUGCUGGUCGAGUUCUUCCGGCGGGCAGGCAAAGAAUACGACAACCUGCUGACGCGCCAGUUCGAGCGCCAAGCCGCCGCGCGGAAGACCGCGUUGGCCGGCGACUGGCUGGAUUGUGCCGGCGGAAAACACGCCCGUCGCGCUCUCCGCUUUCGCGUGACGCCGCUGCAGCAGCUGGCCCGCGCCUUCCUCCACGCUUUGACCUUCGGCGGCGCCUAUAUCAUCAUGCUGCUGGCCAUGUACUUCAAUGUCUACGUCAUCAUCUGCAUCUUUAUCGGCGCCGGCCUCGGCAAGUUUCUGUGCGAUUGGAUGGUGGUGCAGAUCGAUCUGGACUUGGAUCAAGAUGAGACCCAUGAGGGCGCCAAGGGCGUCGAGGAGACCACCGUAUGUUGUGGGUGA